GUUGCAGCAUCACCUUUCGCCUAUCCAACAGCACUCUUCCACGACCACCAUAGCCUGGGCGAUUCCUCAACGUCAUACGCUACGACUGCAGAAUAACGUCUCCCGCCGGAGUAGAUGCGCCCGCGAUCGUGACACGUACGACUGAACGAGUUACCGUGGAUUUACCGAAAGCGAUCGCCAGAACCAUCUUCGCUCUUUCACUCGGUAAUAAAGACCACAAGACUCUGGAGUCCCUCCACUACAUAUAGCUCUCUGUCUUGAGGAGGCUGGUACUUCAGGCCUCGUUGUGACUUUCACCGCUGGUCUUCUGGCACCACAUCUGCGAUGAAUCCUGCCUACCUUGGAAUGCCCCAUACGGGGUCUGUGUCGAUGAAACACAUCCUUCUCUCCGAGAUCCUCUCUGUCACUUCGGUGAUGCGCAAGAACUCCCGCUGGGCACUCUCCACCCACUCGCACACCACGCGCGAAUCCGUGCUCGCAAGCAGCCUUGGACUACGGCGCAUGAGGCAUUAUGCAGAGAGCAACUCGAUGCGCCGUGGAACCACCGAGCAGGAGCUCAUGGCGGGCUUCCAGGAUCUCAAGCGCGUCGUAAAGGACGCAGAUGAUGUACGAUUACUUCCACUAACCACACUGCUGUCGCCCUUCUCUGCAAUAAUCCGAUCGCCGCUCUCCACCGGGCCCAUCACCUCGACCGCCCUGUCCUCCCUACACAGCCUUUUCGUAUGCGGCCUGAUCGACCCGGCAUCCGACGCGCUACAGCCUGCACUCGCCGAACUCAGCAAUGCAAUAUCGCGCUGCAAGUUCGAGACGAGCGACUCGUCCGGCGACGAGGUCGUCCUGCUCAAAAUCAUGGCCGUCAUUCAGGACGCGAUGUGCGGGCCGGUGGGGGACAUGCUCGGAGACGUGGAGGUGUGCGAGAUGCUGGAGACGGUGUUGACAACGUGUUGCCAGAUGCGCCUUAGCGAAAUCCUACGGCGCUCAGCGGAGGCAACAAUGCACGCGUUGGUGAGGACGGUGUGUUCGCGACUGCAUGUACUCGACCCUGCCGAGGAGGAAGCCAAGCUGGCGGACAACGGCUAUGAUGCGGAAGAACAGGACGGGAAGAUGAACGUGGCAUCGAAGUUAACUGAAGGUGGCCAUGAUGCUGAUACCACAGAGAUUGCAGUGGGGCCUGCAAGUCCGACGCUUGCACGACCACAAUAUGGCCUCGCGUCGAUUGUUGAGCUGUUGCGUGUCGUCAUCAAUGUCCUGGACCCCAACGACCAAAUGCACACCGACUCAAUCAGAAUCACCGCUCUUCGGAUCCUCAACGUCCUCUUCGAGUCGUCCGGCAGCCGGAUCUGCGAGUUCCCGUCUCUUUCGGCGCUCGUCGUCGACCAAGGCUGCAAGUUCGUCUUCCAGCUCGCACGGUCGGAAAAUCAGCUCGUGCUGCAGACGACGCUGCGCGCGAUCGCGACGAUGUUCGAGACGAUGCGACCGAAACUAAAACUGCAGCAGGAGCUCUACCUCGCAUUCACCAUCGACCGACUCGCUCCGCCGCCGCCUACAAGGGCACAUUCGGGACUGGGAAGAAAGUCGGCGUCGGCGUCGCCGCGCCCGUCGACACCUGCCGAGUUGGACUCGGAGAAGGCGCCGGCGACGCCGCGGCUGCUGGUUGCGCCUGCACGGGGCGACACGCGUGAGCUGCUGCUCGAGACGUUAAGCCAGAUCUCGCGGCAUCCGAGCUUCAUGGUAGAUUUAUACGUCAACUAUGACUGCGACAUGAAUUGCGAGAACAUGUUUGAACGACUGAUCGAGUUCGCCACCAAGGGCAUAUACCCGGUCGAAGGAAUGAACGGACACGAAGCGCGGCUGCAGAAUGCACAGGACCUCUGUCUAGAUCUUAUCCUGGCAUUCGUGAACCACAUGGCCUCUCGCGCCGAAGGUAAUAGCGACGCCUGGCCACCUAACUUCACGCGCCCGGAAGAACUGCUGGCAAUGAAAUCGCGCAAAAAACUGGUGCUGACGGGUAUGGCGCGCUUCAACGCGAAGCCAAAGACGGGGCUAUCGUUCUUGGAGGAGAACCGACUGAUCUACACGGACCCGGCCGAGCCACGGCCGAUCAGCCUCGCGAAGUUCCUGAAGAACUCGGCGCGCAUCGACAAGCGGCUGCUUGGCGACUUUCUGUCCAAGCCGGAGAGCAUCGACGUGCUGAAGGCAUUCAUGAGCCUGUUCGACUUCCAGGAUAAAUCCGUGGCCGAUGCAAUGCGAGAGUUGUUAGAGACCUUCCGCCUGCCGGGAGAGUCACAGCAGAUCAACAGGAUCACAGAGACCUUUGCGGAGGUGUACUUCGCGGCAGAACCAGCUGAGGUCAAGUCCCAAGAUGCCGUCUAUGUACUGGCGUACUCGAUCAUCUUGCUCAAUACAGACCUGCACAACCCACAAAUAACGAAAAGAAUGACGAUCGACGAUUACAAGCGCAACCUGAAGGGCGUGAAUGAUGGCUCGGACUUUUCAUCGGAAUAUUUGCAAAAUAUCUAUGACUCCAUACGUAAGCGGGAGAUUAUCAUGCCCGAAGAACAUACCGGUCAAGCUGGGUUUGAGUAUGCGUGGAAGGAGUUAUUGACACGGUCUCGGCAAACCGGCGAGCUGAUGAUGUGCAAUACAUCUCUGUUUGACAUGGACAUGUUCAAGACAGUCUGGAGGCCCAUUGUGUCAGCCAUUGCGUACGCGUUCAUCACCUUCGAUGAUGACUACAUCAUCGAGCGCGCCAUCGCCGGAUUCCGACAAUGUGCGACGCUUGCGAGACACUUCGGAAUGGCAGACGUCUUCGACUACGUCGUUGUGCAGCUGUCUCAGGCGACUGGCCUUAUCUCGGAAGUGUCCUUAUCACAGGUGCCCAACUGGCCUACAGUUGAGGUGGACGGACAGUCCGUCACGGUUUCGUCGUUGUCAGUGAAGUUUGGGACAAAUCUGAAGGGACAGCUUGCGGCAGUGGUACUCUUCAACAUCGUCAACGGAAAUGGCAAUGCUUUGCGCGAUGGCUGGAUGCAGAUAUUCGAAAUGUUUCAGACGCUAUUCCUGCACUCACUGCUUCCUACGCGUAUGCUGCAGAUGGAAGACUUCCUUGGAGGCGUCUCCAUGAUCCCUCUACGCCGAAGUCAGCCUGUGCGACAGGCACCGAGAUCUGAUGGGCUGCUGUCAGCGCUGUCGUCGUACUUGAUGACCCCGUACAGCUCUAGUGCGGAGACGCUGGUCCCGGAGGCGACCGAAGCAGAUAUAGAGAACACCCUCUGCACGAUCGACUGCAUCACGUCGUGCAGACUGGACGAGCUAUACAGUCAGAUAACGUCGUUGGACUCGGAAGCGUUAGUAUCUGCGACCCGUGCACUGGAAGCACUCGCACAUGAACGCACCGUCGCGCGACUCAAGCAGGAGUCUGAUGACGUGCCGUCGGGGUCGAGCACGCCUGAAGGACCCUACACGCUGCCAUAUGACCCUGCUUCUGUAUUCCUGUUGGAGACGAUGAUUAGUGUUGCGUGUCAGACGUCGCAAUAUAUUGAUGACAUCUGGCCAGUGCUAUUCGAACAUAUAUCUGUCCUGCUGUCAACACCGACACAGUACUCGAUUCUUCUCAUUGAACGAGCUGUCGUAGGAUUGCUUCGACUGUGUUAUAUAUUGGCAGGAAAGCCGUCGCUCCGAGAUCAAGUAUUCGUUUCCUUUGACCUUCUCGCAAGCCUCCCAGCAUCUGUGGCGAGCGCUGUCGCCGAGCAAGUGAUGAUAGGUCUGUCAAGGAUUGUACAGGACUACAAGGACAUCAUCCACUCCCAAACGGAGUGGAAUCUCUUCUUUGCUCUCAUUCGUGUGACAAUACCGCACUCAGAGGCUUCUCGCCAGUCAUUCGAGCUCAUCACUGCACUUGCUGCUGACGGUCCAGAGCAGCGUGUCACGUCAGACAACUUUCAGGGCCUCGUAGUCGUGCUAGAUGAGUACGCUACUGCAGCAAGCAUCGCGGUUGAUGCUCAACAACAAGGCCGUCGAACGCAGGCGCUGAACGCUUCCAACUCACCGAUAGUGGAUCGGGGCAAGAAGGCCGUGGACGUGUUGGCCGAUCUCAAGAAAUUCUGGGCACAGUUCAGUGAAACACCUGGCAUAUCGCACGACCAAAUUUGGCGGAAUUACUGCCUGCCAUUGGUCACAUCGCUUGGACGGCAGUCAACAAACGUUUCGCGCGAGAUCAGACACUCCGCAUUGGUACACCUGCAGCGCAUCCUUUUGGGACCGUAUCUCCCGCUCGACCACGCUGAUCACACCCAAGUUGAGGAGCUUUUCAAUCGGGUCAUUUUUCCUCUGUUAGAUGAGCUGUUGAAGCCGCAGGUGCUGAUGCGCGACCCACUCAGCCUCCCUGAGACUCGUCUGCGUGCAUCUGCACUGCUAUGCAAAGCAUUCAUGCAUCUGGAGGCGCGUGAAGGGCAACAGGCCGACAUCCGCGUGCUGUGGAUUGAGGUGCUGGACCUCUUGGAUCGGCUCAUGCAUGUUGAUAGGCGAGAUCAAUUGCAUGAAGCCAUUCCAGAAUCACUCAAGAACAUCAUACUCGUUAUGAACGCCACUGGUCUGUUGGUACCGCCUUUGGAGCCUGACGAGCGAAAUGAACGGCAGAAAUCCCUGUGGGCGGCCACUCAGGAGAGAGUCGAGCGUUUCCUGCCAGGAUUCUUGAUGGAAAUACUCUCCGCACCCACAUCCCCGCGGACACGUCCGCUUUCACAAAUCUUGCAAUCAGCCGGCGCAUCGGUGCCCGCAUCACCUGUCCCCUCGUAGGACUCCGUAUAUCCCUUCGCAUCGUUCUCGAGUGUCAUCGCGUAUUGAUGAAUACCCGCAUUGUCACAUUUGAUGGACACUGGCCCCAUCGUGUACACCAAUUUGACUACGCACGGAAGCAAACAGCAGGAUCAAAGGAUAUGGUGGAAGAACAACUGCCCAUAGCAUUAGUCCCAUCGUGGGCGACCGAGGGAGAUAUUACAGUGCAGAUUACAGAACGAGAGCAUCCGACACGGGCAUACACCAAUGAAGCAAAUAGCAAAUAGCUGAACAGCCAAAUAGAAAAUAGGCAAUAGUGGGACGUGAGGGAUUAAGAGAAGCAGCUUGAUCAACCGAGGCUCUGCAAAUACGAAAGAAAAAUCAGAGACGGAGAUUGAGACAGACGGCAUUGAGACACAGGACGUAUCCUUAUUGUUGAUGUUAUUAUUGAUGAGUCGAUCAUGCACGC